UUCUUCCUGCACCCUCACUCACUGAAGCGCUCUCUCCCUGUUUUCGCGAUUGAAGUGAGGUAGAUUUCUUUCCUUGAUAGGUCUGUGGAAAUCAACUGCAGUUGGUUGUUUGUUUGUAUUGUUUCAGCUAAGUGGGAAGAUAUGGAUUCAUCAGUUCUGCUAUAUAACCAGCUCAAGGCGACCGAACCGUUUUUCUUGUUAGCUGGUCCCAAUGUGAUUGAAUCCGAGGAGCACAUUUUCCGGAUGGCCGAGCACAUUAAGAGUGUUGCAACAAAGGUUGGAUUGCCACUGGUUUUCAAGUCGAGCUUUGACAAGGCCAACCGUACGUCCUCAAAAUCAUUCCGGGGUCCUGGCUUGGAAGAAGGCUUAAAGAUCCUUGAGAAGGUUAAAACAGCAUAUGACCUCCCUAUAAUUACAGAUGUACAUGAAGCUAGCCAGUGUGAAGCAGUUGGUAAAGUUGCAGAUAUUAUUCAGAUUCCUGCAUUUUUAUGCCGCCAGACAGAUCUUCUAGUUGCAGCAGCCAAGACUGGAAAAAUUAUCAAUAUUAAGAAGGGCCAGUUCUGUGCUCCUUCUGUCAUGGUAAAUUCUGCCGAGAAGGUUAGACUGGCUGGAAAUCCAAACGUGAUGGUUUGUGAGAGGGGAACUAUGUUUGGCUAUAAUGAUUUAAUUGUUGAUCCUCGCAAUUUGGAGUGGAUCAGAGAAGCUAAUUGUCCUGUGGUUGCUGACGUCACACAUGCUUUGCAACAGCCUGCUGGGAGAAAGUUGGACGAUGGAGGUGUUGCCAGUGGUGGUCUUCGUGAAUUGAUACCGUGCAUUGCGAGGACAGCAGUCGCUGUUGGGGUGGAUGGAAUUUUCAUGGAGGUACAUGAUGAUCCUUCUAACGCUCCAGUUGAUGGUCCAACUCAAUGGCCCUUGCGCCACUUGGAGGAACUGCUGGUAGAGCUCAUAGCAAUUGCUAGGGUAAGCAAGGGGAAGCAACCUUUCAACAUUGAUCUCACACCCUAUCGUGAUUAGAAGACUUGAAGCUACUCUAUUGGUAUUUAUCUGUGUUGGGGGAAGGGGAGUGACAUUGUACCGCAGCCUCCCCCGUUCGAUGAGCCGCAAUGUUUACACUUGAAGGCAUGCAGACCAGGAUCAAAUGUGAGAUAAGAUGCUGUCCUUCUUGGAUUUGCCAGCACUUGUUUAUCGUUGUAACUUGUAUUCAUGAAUUCAUUAGUACUGCGCUCGGACUAAUUGUUUCUCUUGACCCGAAGAUAUUGUUUGUCAUGAUAUUCGUGUUUGUGUUCCUCGUUAAAUGUCCGUACAUUUUAUUCAAGAACUUGGAGUUCCGACUAUGUACCUUGUCGCUUAAGAAAUGAAGAAUUAUGUUUUUCUUCAA